UGAUGCACAAUGAGGCGAGUUGUUUGCUUGAUUCCCGCACGACAAGCGGCGAUUCCGUGCGCCAAUGCGGCGACGGCAACGUCGCCAUUCCGCACGACGACACGAACCGAUCGAAGGCCCGAACGAGGCUCCGUUUCUAACGGCUUCCCGUCGUUUCGUUCCACGUUGCCGUAACGACCCGUCCAGUGUGUAUCGUGCCGUCAUCGCAGGCGAAACGUGUGCCGAAACGUCAUGAAAGAGUUGAAAAUGGAGGCGGAUAUACUGCUGGUCAAGAUGGUUGAGAAGAAUCCGUGUCUGUACAAUAAGAAAAAGUCGGAGUACAGAGACGACGAUCUGAAGGAGAUGAUAUGGUCGACGAUCGCGUCCGCGCUUCAAACUCAAGUUUCAGAGGUGAAGAGACGCUGGCGCAACCUCCGAGAGCACUACGUCAGAGAGCUGAGAACGUCAGACAAAACGGACAAGCCGGAAUGGCCCAUGAGCACCCGCAUGCAGUUCCUGAACCCCCACAUCAUCCGCAGGCAACAAUUCAAUCCGUUGCGUAUAAACACUAUCGAAUACGUGAACGACGCGAGCGAACCGAAAAUGGAAUUCGUCGAGCACGAGUUGGACGACGAGGAGGACACGAAGGACGGAAGCAUCCACAGGGAGGACGUGCCCAAGGUGGAGGAGAAGGUGGCGGCACCGCCGAGAAAGCGGCAAAGACUAAACGACUCGAACAACUUCAAUCCGGAGGUCGAAGCUGACUCUCCUGAGGCGUUGUUCGGAAAGUUGGUCGGCUCCUUGUUGGCCAACAUCCAGUCGAAGAAGAAGAGGUCGAGCGUCAUGGUCAAAAUUAUGCAAAUUUUGGAACAAUCGGACAGUGAUGACGAGCUCCUGUAAUAGUCUAGAGCUUUGUAUAUAAUUAUUUUAGUUUUUAAAAAUGUGUUAUCUUAUUCAAUUUGUUUAUUAAUUAAUAAAUAAGUUUACCCAA